CGUAUGCACUGUCGAAAUGUUCUUUAUUGGGAUAUUAUUAUUAGCGAUUUCUCAAAUUCAAGCGGAAAAUAGUAGUGAUGUGAUUAAAUCAGAAUUGACUAGAAAAUAUCCGGGAUAUGGGAAAACAUGGAUGUUUUUUCCGGAUGGUGAAGGAAAUCCAACACCUUUAAUUUUAAAUCCAGAAGCUGUUGAUAUUGACACUGAAAUGAUGUCUCAUAGUAUGGCUAAAGCUGCUGAUUCGGCAGCAACGCGAACUGAAUUCCAUUUAUAUACCAGGCAAAAUAAAGAAGAGUACUUUGAACUUCAAAUAGAUGAUGAAGAUAGAUUGAAGGUCUCUAACUUCGAUCCAUCCAAAGACACUAAAUUUAUAACACAUGGUUGGAGAUCGAGUGGACGUGUUGAUUCUUGCAAAAAGCUUAAAGAUGCUUUUCUACAGAGAGAAGAUGUAAAUGUGAUAAUAGUUGAUUGGUCGGACUUAGCAUCAAAUAUCAUAUAUCCCGUUGCAAAAACGUAUACGAAAAAUGUAGGAGAGUACUAUGCCGAAAUGAUUGAUUUUUUGGUGGAUAAUGGUGCAAAAACUGAUCAAAUGCAUUUAAUUGGUCAUAGUUUAGGUGCUCAUGUUUCUGGUGUUGCUGGAAAUUCAACCAAAAAAGGCAAAGUUCACAGAAUUACAGGUUUGGAUCCAGCUAUGCCACUUUUUGAGUCAAUGGCAUACAACGAAGAUCGUUUAGAUGAAGGAGAUGCUUUUUUCGUGGAUACUGUUCACACUUGUGCAGGCAUACUUGGAUUUUCGGGUGCAUUAGGUCAUGUCGAUUUAUAUGCGAAUGGUGGAAGUGCACCACAACCUGGAUGUGGAGGUUUUUGGGAAUUUGUCGAGGCUUGCAGCCAUGGACGAUCAUGGGAUUUAUUUCAUGAAACUGUUAUCUCAGAGGAGCCUAUGAAAGGUGUUAGAUGUGAUUCUUGGGAUGAAUAUGUUAAGAAAAAAAACGAUAAAGAUGCAUAUGAUACGGUAAUUGGAUAUCCAGUUGAUACAUCUACUAGAGGUACAUUUUAUUUCGAAACUAACCCAGCAUCUCCUUACAUUAUGAAAAAAUUCUAA